ACUUCCGGUGCUGUGAGGGCUCGGGGCUGACGCUGGGUAAUUCCUCUCCUGCAAUUACUUUUGGAUGGAAGUAUGCACUUUUCCCAAUAGAAGAUGGUAAUCUCAGAGAAUGACCAUGGAGAAGGGGAUGAGUUCUGGAGAAGGGGUGCCUUCCAGAUCAUCUCAGAUUUCGACUGUUAAAAUAACAGUCAAAGAGUUGGAAACAAAGCAGUCCCAUAAGGAGAAGCGAGGGGGCUUUGUGUUGGUACAUGCAGGUGCGGGUUAUCAUUCUGAAUCCAAAGCCAAGGAAUAUAAACAUGUAUGCAAACGAGCUUGUCAGAAGGCAAUUGAAAAGCUACAGGCUGGUGCUCUUGCGACAGAUGCAGUGACUGCGGCUCUGGUGGAACUCGAGGAGAAUGACUCAGGCACUUUGGACACAGUGGGCGCUGUAGUGGUGGACCAUGAAGGGAACGUUGCUGCUGCUGUCUCCAGUGGAGGCUUGGCCUUGAAACAUCCAGGGAGAGUUGGACAGGCUGCUCUUUAUGGAUGUGGCUGCUGGGCUGAAAAUACUGGAGCUCAUAAUCCCUACUCUACAGCUGUGAGUACCUCAGGAUGUGGGGAGCAUCUUGUGCGCACCAUACUGGCUAGAGAAUGUUCACACGCUUUACAAGCUGAAGAUGCUCACCAAGCACUGUUGGAGACUAUGCAAAACAAGUUUAUCAGUUCACCUUUCCUGGCCAGUGAAGAUGGUGUGCUGGGAGGAGUGAUUGUUCUUCGAACUUGCAGGUGUUCUGCAGACUCUGACUCCUCCCAAGAUAAGCAGACACUUCUAGUGGAAUUUUUGUGGAGCCACACGACAGAGAGCAUGUGUGUUGGAUAUAUGUCAGCCCAGGAUGGGAAAGCCAAGACUCACAUUUCAAGACUCCCUCCCGGUGCAGUGGCCGGACAGUCCGUGGCAAUCGAAGGUGGGGUUUGCCGCCUGGAGAGCCCGGUGAACUGACUCUUCAGGCCGAGCGUGAAGCGUCCAAGAGACAUUUCAGAGCCUGAGCAUUUCGGGGGUUUUAAACUGAAGUUGGAUGUUUUAUCUUUGCCAUUUUAUAAUCCCUCUUGCAGCCUCGUGAACCGCUUGCGACACUAGUGCUGCUGUAGUUAGCGCUCAGUGACCUGCGGGCCUGAGUGUGUGCGUGUGUGUGCGUGUGUGCAGUGCGUGCGCUUGCUUCUCCCUCGAUGAAAUACAAACUCCUUAUCGUGUAACCUAAGACCAGGAAUGAUUAAAUCACCUUUACAAAACGUGUGCUUUACUGUUUACAAGUAAAACCUAAAGUUGCAAAGGAAAUGUUUUUGAUUUCAUACAGAGGUACCAGCUGUCGUUGGUGUAAUGUGUCUGAGCUGAAGAGUAAAUCUCCUUGUUUAAAUGAGUUGACAGUGGUAGUGCUCCAUUUAAUAACAGUACUAAGUGAUAAAGUGUUUUUAUUUGUUAACCAGUUUAAGUGGAUCCUGUGCUAACUUAAACUGUUAUUCUCAUCCCUCAUAUGGGGCAUUUUUCUUUAACAAAGAAUGGUUUCAGUGAAACAAUCUAGCAGAGAAUUAAGGUCAGAACCUUUUUAAAUAAUAGUCUUAUUGAUAAAGUUUGUACUUCUUUCCUCAAGCUUUUCUAAGCUUAAAUACUGCAUAUCUUCGAGCUAUAUGUACUAUAUUAUGAGAGAAUAUGUAAAGAGAACAUACAGGAAUGCACAGUCCUUAAUUUGUGUAUAAUGGAAUGUUAUUUACAAUGUAACACUGUAAAUAAGAAAGCAAAAUUUAUGGGAAAAUUCAAUAUUAUCUUUGUUUCUUGUUUAAAUAUAUUUUUAAGAUAAAGGCACAAAAAUAAAAGAAGC